AUGGAAAGAGAACAUCACGAGCUUCAAUUUCUGGGGAUCUUUGGCAUCUUCAAAGAACCCAUCAAACUCAUAUUUUCAGGGAGAAAAGUCUUCAGCCAAAUCGCUCUAGCACUCAUCCUCCCACUCUCAUUCAUCGUCCUUGCUUACCUCCAAAUCUCCCAGCUCUUCUUUCUCCAUAUUCUACACGACCAACACAGCUUGGUUCAGGCCCCAAAGAAUAAUUCCAAGUAUGCAGAUCUUUCUGAUCUAAUCUCCCUUGAACGGACUGCUUUCCGGCUCUUCAAAGCAAUCUCCUUCAGUUUCCUCCUGUUCCUCUCCCUCCUUUCAACCUCUGCAAUUACCUAUACCAUAGCAUCCCUAUACGCUGCACAAGAAAUCACCUAUAAGAAGGUCAUGAGGGCUGUCCCUAAGUUCUGGAGAAGAUUUAAGGUAACUUUUGUCUGGGGAUAUGCAAUUAUCGUACUUUAUGGCAUUGUUGCAGAAGCAGUACUACUCUUCUUCUGCUCAUUUAUUAUUGCGGAGAGAGUCAUUGGAAUUGUUAUAACGGCAGUUGUUUUAGCAGAUGAUCAUCAUAGCGUGCCUGAUUUUGAAAAGUAUGUUCCUCUGAACACCAGGGAUCUACAAGCUGUAGGGGAGCCUCAUCAUGAUCAUGUCUAG